AUGCAGAUUCGCCUGCAGCCUCGCAAGAGACCUCAAGGUAAGCUACGCCAGGAAAGCUGAAUAUUGUUUUGCUGUUUUUGCCUGGCCACCAUCUCCAUUUCAAAAAUGAACUAGCUCAACUCCUAGCUAGUUUUGCAGUCGCCGCCGCCGCCCCUGACGCUCACGUAAUGGCCUUCGUGGAGAAACGAUGGUGUCAACUGCGGAACACAGUCCAGUCGAUGGCCAUGGAUGUCCUUGGUCACGCACGACGUCCACACCAGGACUGGUUCGGUGAAAACGACGCCACCAUCAGCAACCUGUUCUCCGUGAACCGCCUGCACAAAGCGUCAACCGCCCUACCGAAAGCAACCUUCUACCGUAGCCGCCGAAUUGUGCCACAGCGACUGCGAGAUGAGCAGGACGCUUGA